GUGACCAAACCCAGAACCCGCACCUCCUCGCCGCACACCACUUUUCCCCUUUCCCUAUCAAGACGAGAUUCAGGAACCCCCAAAUCCAAAAAUUUCCCCUUCUCCCCUUAAGAGAGCGGCGGCAACAUGGGUGGCGGCGGCGCAGUCGGGGACGGCGACGGCUGGGCGGAUCAGGAGCAGGGCAACGGCGGAAGCCGCGGCGGCGCGGAGGCGAAGCGGUCGGAGAUCUACACCUACGAGGCCCCGUGGCACAUCUACGGCAUGAACUGGAGCGUGCGGCGCGACAAGAAGUACCGCCUCGCCAUCGCCAGCCUGCUGGAACAGGUCGUCAACCGCGUCGAGGUGGUCCAGCUCGACGAGUCCUCCGGCGACAUCACCCCCGUGCUCUCCUUCGACCACCCUUUCCCGCCCACCAAGACCAUGUUCGUCCCGGACCCCCAAUCCGUCCGCCCCGAUCUGCUCGCCACCUCCGCCGACCUCCUCCGCAUCUGGCGUAUCACGGACGACGACGACGCCGCUGCCGACGCUGCCGCCAACUCCAACUCUGGCUCCGUCCGCUGCAACGGCGUGGAAAGCGCCGGUCAGCAGCCGGGCGCUGUGCUGCGCUGCGAGCUCAACGGCAACCGCAACAGCGACUUCUGCGGCCCUCUCACCUCCUUCGACUGGAAUGAUGCCGACCCGCGUCGCAUCGGAACAUCGUCCAUCGACACCACAUGCACCAUCUGGGAUGUCGAGCGCGAGGCCGUAGAUACUCAGCUCAUCGCCCAUGACAAAGAGGUCUACGACAUAGCCUGGGGUGGCGCUGGUGUCUUUGCAUCUGUCUCUGCGGAUGGCUCUGUCCGUGUGUUUGAUCUUCGCGAUAAGGAGCAUUCCACAAUUAUCUAUGAGAGUAGUUCUGGCAGUGGCUCCAAUUCUGCUGCUUCUGAUGGUGGGGCUUUGUCACCGACGCCAUUGGUUAGGCUGGGGUGGAACAAGCAGGACCCGAGGUACAUGGCCACCAUCAUCAUGGAUAGCCCCAAGGUUGUUGUGCUUGAUAUACGCUACCCAACACUGCCUGUGGUCGAGCUCCACCGCCACCAUGCCCCUGUCAAUGCUAUCGCAUGGGCGCCUCACUCUUCAUGCCACAUUUGCACGGCUGGGGAUGACUCACAGGCACUGAUAUGGGACCUCUCCUCCAUGGGCACUGGGAACAAUAGUAGUGGCAAUGGAAAUGGCAAUGCUGCUGCGGCUGCAGCAGCAGAGGGCGGUCUUGACCCCAUACUGGCUUACACGGCAGGAGCAGAGGUUGAGCAGCUGCAGUGGUCAGCAACCCAGCCUGACUGGGUUGCCAUUGCAUUCGCCAAUAAACUGCAGAUCCUCAGAGUCUAAUUUCUUCAUUCCAGCGUUGCCAGUGCUGGGAUAGAAAGGUGCAAAGGAUGAAAGGAGCCCAACAUGGAUGAUGAGUUCAGGCAGUUGGAGGUUAAUCAUGCUAUUCCUUCAGUGGUUGCAGCAGCAGCAGAGAAAUGCAAAGCCUUUGUUUUCCAAUGAAGACACCAUAUGAAUGCAACUUUCCCUCUUUGGCUCUAGUGGGUUGAGUGUUGUUUAAUCUUUUUCUUUGAAUGACUGUGUAUGUGUUACCACUGGGUUCUCACUAGAGUCUUGUAUUUUGGUGGCGCUCUAUCACUUUUCGUUCUUAUACACUGGCACUCAUUUAAUGACAUUUUGUUAGAUACCCUGUUAAUGACAUAUUCUUCUUCACGUUCUGAAGUAUACCCUUCUGUCUAAUUGGUAUUCA